GGAGGAAAAUCUUUCAUCAAAAAGACAGCGCCUUGAGACUUUGAGAGCCGGGCAAUGCAACGCAUUAUUAUUAAUUAUUAUUACUUGAGCUUGAGGCAAGAAUCAAGAUUCUAUGUUCACAGAGGAUUUUGUGCAGAUCUUGUCUACAAUUUCCAAGCGUAUCCAUCCUUCUUACUCCAUGAAUUGCUGUGACAGAAAAGAUGGAGGGCAGAAGUAUGGUUUUGAGACAACUGAGUUCAGCCGUGCUCUUCUAUACUUUCUUCUACAUGAACCAGUUAAACUUAGUCCCCACUCCCAUGGCUGGUGCUGUCAGUGUCACAAAUGAGACAGAUUAUCAAGCUCUUCUGGAAAUCAAGAAAGCAAUAUGGACUGACCCAUUUGGGGUUUUCAACUCAUGGAAUGCUUCUAUUCAUUUCUGCAACUGGGCAGGACUAUUUAUUUCCACUAACCAUCUGGAAGGAAGCAUUCCGGCUGAACUUGGACACAUCAGGCUAGAAAUGCUUCAGCUGUCUUUGAACAGACUUUCUGGUGAAAUUCCUUUCUCACUUUACAAUAUUACAUCUAUUUCAUUAUUUUCUGUUGCUUUUAACCAAUUAAGGGGGCAGCUACCAUCUGAUAUAGGCUUGACCCUGCCAAAACUGGAGGGUUUUUUUGCUGGAGGUAACCAAUUAUCAGGUCCAAUUCCAGCAUCACUAGCCAAUGCUUCUGGGCUUAUUCAGAUUGACAUCUCACAAAAUGCUAUCACUGGUCCUUUACCACUGAAUCUGGGGAACCUGGAGCAGCUGCCACUAUUACAUUUUGGUGGUAACCCUGUAGGUACAGGGAAGGGAGAUGUAGACUUUAUCUCUUCUCUGAGUAAUUGCAGUAGUUUGAGGAUAUUGUGGUUGCCUCAAGACCAACUUAAGGGAGUAUUGCCUGGGUCCAUCGCAAAUCUUUCUAGCAAUCUGCUAUUGUUCAGACUGGAUGGUAACUAUCUUUCAGGAAAUAUACCUCAAGGGAUUGAGAACCUUGUCAAUUUAGAGCUUCUGGCAUUGUAUUCCAAUGAGAUCACAGGCAGCAUUCCUGACUCAAUUGGGCAGCUUUCCAGGUUGCAAGUAUUCAUCAUGGCAGACAAUAAAUUCUCUGGAAAAAUUCCUUCCUCGAUUGGCAACAUGACACUACUAAGUCGUCUGAUUUUAGAAGCAAACAUGCUAGAGCAAGCCAUCCCGUCUUCCGUAGGUAAUUGCACAGUUCUGCAGGAACUGAUCCUUUCAACCAACCGCCUCGUUGGUAAGAUACCUGAAGGGGUGAUUGGCCUCUCUUCACUUUCACUUGGACUCGGGUUGGCUCGAAACAACUUGACAGGACCAUUACCUCCUCAAGUGGGCAAUUUGGAAAAUCUCAUAUUAUUGGACAUUUCAGAAAGCAAAUUAUCUGGAGAGAUUCCAAACACUCUUGGAAGGUGUUUACAGCUACAAUCCCUUAACCUGGCAGGCUGGCAGGUAAUUUUUUCCUUGGAAAAAUACCUCCAUCCUUUGAAAACUUAAAAAGUAUUCGGAACUUAAAUCUUUCACGAAAUAAUUUAUCAGGCCAGAUUCCAAGUUUUUUGGGUGAGUUGGAUUAUGCUUUAUACAUCAACCUUUCCUUUAACAAUUUUGAGGGUGAAGUUCCAACUGUAGGAGUUUUCACAAACACGAGUGCAUUUUCAGUUACUGGAAAUACUAAGCUCUGUGGGGGAGUUAGGUCACUUAAUUUGCCUGCAUGUCCUACAAAAGCUUCGAAGAACCAUGGAAAGCGCAGGGUAAUUAUUUUUGCUCUCGUUGCUUCUGCUGCUGCUGUUGUUUGCUUGUCUGCUUGUUUUUAUGCUAUUUUUUAUCGAACCGGAAGGUCCAAGAAGGAAACUUGUUCAGCCUCACCAUUGGAAGAGCAGUAUCUAAAGCUCUCCUAUGCAGAGCUUCUUGAGGCAACUGAUGGGUUCUCUUCAGUGAAUCUGGUUGGUGAGGGAAACCUUGGUUCUGUUUAUAAAGGGAUUCUCAAAAUCACUAACAAUGUAAAAACCAUUGCUGUGAAGGUCCUUAAACUUCAAAAACUGGGAGCAGAAAGAAGUUUCUUGACUGAAUGUGAAGCUUUGAGGAACAUGAGGCACAGGAAUUUGGUGAAAAUUAUUACGUCUUGUUCAAUCAUAGAUUUCAAAGGGAAUGAAUUCAAGGCAUUGGUCUUUGAGUUCAUGCCAAAUGGAAAUCUGGACAGUUGGUUACACCCAAGUCAUACUGAUUUCAACGAAGGAGCAAAGAACUUAACCUUCAUUCAGAGGCUGAACAUAGCCAUAGAUGUUG